AUGAACCAAUCAACUGAUAAAGGUAAAACAUACUUACUAUUAACUCAUUGCUUGAAUCCAGCUGAGUGUCCCAACUUAACUUAUUGUUGAAAUAAAUCUACAUAACUUAUUACAUGGAGACCAGACACAGAGAGGUAAUGGCUGAUUAUUUUUUUUUGACGUUAUGUGGUCACGUAAAGUGAUAUCAUACUGCUCAUGUGGGCAGUAAACUUAAUUUUCUACAAGAGAAAUACAGGUAGUACUGCGUUCCGGUUACAUAAGCUUACUUGGUUGUUUUUUUAAACUCAUUUUUAGUUUUAUUUUGUUACGUAUUAUUGACAUCUGAUGUGUAGGCCAAAUGGCAGCACCCGUCAUUUUGUCUCUGGUCUUUUAACUUAAAUUAUAUCAAAGUCUUGCGACACAUGGGUCACACUCGUAUGCUUAAUAAUCUCUUAUAUAUAUAUAUAUAUAUAUAUAUUUCAUUUGGUAUGUCCCGCUUCCUUUACAAAACAUGCCCUCUACCUACUCAACAUGUGUGAUUGACAGUUGUGAGUGAGCAAAAAAAUCGCGCCACGCAGCGAGUGUUGGGCGUGGCGUUUGACAUCAAGUGGAAUAUUUGAAUUUGUUUCUUCCUAUUAUAUUAGUAAAGAGCCACGGGUAUGGCGUAGGACGGUCUGUCGGACUGCCUGUAGGACUGUCCGUGGGGCUGUCUGUAGCACUUUUGUUCAGAGGCUGGCAGGAAGGGUGUAGGACGUUCUGUAGCACUGUCUGCAGGACUGUUUGUGGGACUGUCUGUAGGACUGUCCGUGGGGCUGUCUGUAGCACUUUUGUUCAAAGGCUGGCAGGAAGGCUGUAGGACGGUCUGUAGCACUGUCUAUAGACUGUUUGUGGGACUGUCUGUAGAACUGUCUGUGGGGCUGUCUGUAGGACUAUUGUUUAAGGGCCGGAGGGUAGGAUGUAGGGCUUUAUGUUGGUCUAUUGUUUAAAAUUCGGCAUGUAGGGUGUAGGACUGUCCGUCGGACUGGCUGUAGGGCUAUUGUUUAAAAUUUGGCAUGUAGGGUGUGGGACUGUCCGUCGGACUGGCUAUAGGGCUAUUGUUUAAAAUUCGGCAUGUUAGGGUGUAGGACUAUCCGUCGGACUGGCUGUAGGGCUAUUGUUUAAAAUUCGGCAUGUAGGGUGUAGGACUAUCCGUCGGACUGGCUGUAGGGCUAUUGUUUAAAAUUCGGCAUGUAGGGUGUAGGACUAUCCGUCGGACUGGCUGUAGGGCUAUUGUUUAAAAUUCGGCAUGUAGGGUGUAGGACUGUCCGUUGGACUGGCUGUAGGGCUAUUGUUUAAAAUUCGGCAUGUAGGGUGUAGGACUGUCCGUUGGACUGGCUGUAGGGCUAUUGUUUAAAAUCCGGCAUGUAUGGUGUAGGACUGUCCGUCGGACUGGCUGUAGGGCUAUUGUUUAAAGAGAAUAGAGAUAUACUUUUUUUGUUUGUUGUAACUCUCGGGCACAACGGGUAUUUUCUAAAAAUAUCCGGACCCCGUGUAAAGCAACUGCACCAAGUUAAGCCCUAGUAAAGCAAUAUUGCAUGUCAAACUGAAUCUUUUUAUUUUCAUGAUGCUCCAGUUUUAAAUUAAUGACUAAGGGCUUCUUGUAAGUUGUCUGUAAAUUUUUAUAUAAAAUUGUUUUUCCACAUAAUGAAUAAAUGUACAUGCACAUGCGAAAUACCUUUUAUGAUGGACUUCUGUACACCACAUCUAUAGUCAGCGUGCAACUUCUAGAGAGCACCAUAAACGAUAUAUUAUAUAAGGUAGUCUUCUACUACUUAAGUAGUGAUAUAGGACAAGUCUAUGAAGUCAUGUUGAAAAGUAAAUUCAGUCAUGAGCAACUUUGCCUUUGGGUCACAAGCUCAUUAAUUUACAUUCCCUUUAAGUAACAUUGGAUAUCUUUAAAUCAUAUUGUCUUUCAUUCAAAUCGUCUUUAAGUCACAGUCCAUUGUAAGAUAUGACGAAAGGAAUUUUUAUUCAAUCAAAAAUCUAUCAUCCACAGGUUUGCUGUAACCCAUGUAAAGUCUUUGUUAAUGCCAAUUGUCUUGUGUUGGCAUCCGGGAUGUUUUGAUUGAAAGGCACGAUAAAAGACAUUUCGAAAGACACAUUGAAAGAUAGAUUUAAAAAUGUACAGCUUAGAAUACGAUCCGUAUGCUUUGAACAAAGCCAUGAAAGCACUAAACAUCAUCUUCAUCAUCCUCAUACUGCUGGCCAACGGUUUGCUCAUAUUCAAGAAUGUCCGUAAAGGUGACUUCAUGUACAAGCCAAAAACACUGACAAUUUUAUCGCUGGCCAUUGGAGAUGUUCUUCUGGCUCUGUUUCCGGUGGUUGUGCAAACAAAUAUGCUGUUUAAUAUUUACGCCGGCCGCCAAUGCACGGUAAUCAUGCCAGCCGAUGUGUACAUGUACUACCUCAUCACCUUCGUCUAUGGAUGCGGUCUCGUGGUACUAGGAUGGGAGAUACUGAGCCGCCAGAAGAACCCGGGACUUAGGAGUAUGUCGCAAGCCCUCAUCGCAUCUAGUGUCCCUUGGUUUUUGGGGAUGAUCAUCAUUCUGCCACUUGGUUUCGCGAACGUUGACUGGGUUACUUGUGUGGGUCCGUCGUUGGCUCAGGUCAGGGCCACGUAUAUAAUAGCUGUCCUCUUGCCGGCCAUUGGCACUGUAGUAAGUUCCGGUUUUGUCAAGUCUGGAGUGUUAUCCCGAGUGCUUCACACACAGACCGGAAGUAACAGCUCUCCACCCAAUCAGUUUUCUAAUCCACAAAUCAACGCCCCUCCGGCAUAUUCUGCGCACGGAUCGUAUCCCAACUAUCAACCACAACACGGAUACACUCUACCACCUCCACUGGUUCUGCAAACUCAGCCAGGCUAUGCAAAUGUAGGCUACCAGCAGGAUCGUUUCGGUAAUUAUCCGACCCCUACGAUGGCCCCCGUUGUGGCCCUGUCCAACGCAAACCUGGAGAAGACACGAUUACUGGUCAUCUCUGUAGUGUUCCUUCUGCUGGUCACGCCGUACGCCAUUUACGUACUUGCUUGUGUGAUAAACGACGAUGACUUGGACCGUCUAGGAAAGUUGGUCUACAUCGUCCUGGGCAAUUUGUUUUUCUACCUGAUGUUGUUACGCCCAGUCGUUACGCCCCUGCUCAUGUUGGGCUACUCUGACAUGUAAACUCACAUUAUUCAACGGUGACGUGUUUGUUUUUGCAAAAUGUCAAUAUGGUGGAAUUCAAAGUUUGCCUUACUUCCGAUUGUCGUAAUACCCAGAAAUAAUUUAUUGUCUACCUCGUAAUCUCACGAUGAUCCAGUGUCACGUUUGCUGUAUUUUUAAAAUGCUAGAAUGCCAUGUUUCUACUUUUCACAACUUCACAAUGCCCGAUUGUUGAGAGACUUACAAGGACAGACACCAAGUUACAUUGCCGUUCUUUGGCUCAAUUAACAACUCCCCAGAAAAUACAAUUGGUAGAACUUCUCCAUUCUAAAUAUUUCUCUCCAUUAAGAGGCCACACAUUUCGUCCAUGUGAUUGUAUUUUAGGAAUAACCCCCCUACAAAGUUAAGGAAGUUAGAAUGAAUGUCAACACCGAAAAAUUACGCUGAGGCGUAAAGUCAUGAACAAAUAUCAAAAUGUACCCGGAAGUGUUGAGUGUGUUCGACUCUACGACCAUGUCCAAAGUGACCUCAAGGUGUAGGGAGUUUUCGAUAUGGCGAUGCUCAAACUAAGCCCCAGUUCAGUAACAUUCUGGUAUGGGAUGGGAACAUGGCCAUGGUUUAACAUUGUUUCGUCAGUGUUAGAGGACACAGCUGCACCUGACUCUUCAGACCAAGAAAAUGAUGUUAUCCUCUUAACGGUGACUUUAAAGCUUAACGUAUGUUUUCUCCAGACCAUUUCUGGCCAUACCCCAACGCC